AUGACCCUCAAGCCUUUCCUCACCAUCCUCUUCCUCGCUGUGGCCAUCUUUGCCCCCGUCAGCUUCGCGAGCGCUUCUGGUCGCUACGAUCCUUACAACCACUGCGGCGCGCCUUUCUGCGGCUCUGUCGGCGCUGCUGCUGGUGCUGGCGCUGUAGCCCGCAUCUACCGCAAAGGUCCUACUGGUGAUCUGCACGAAAAGCACACCGAGGCGCUUUCGAAGGUCUAA